UGUUUCAGUGUGUGUGUGUGCGUGUGUGUGUGUGAGAGAGGAGGGGGGCUUUCAGGAGCUCCUGUGUUCACAGGGGCAGGCUGUAGGGCUGGGUUACACCUCUCUCAUUCCCUCCAUACAUCCAUCCCUCCAUCCAACCAUUCCUCAACACCAGUUUUCCUGUGUUGAAUUGGUGGGGCUGCGCACAUUGCCCCCAUCCCCCCGUGGACACCGUAGCUUUCCUGUUCCCUGCUGGAAGACGAGGACAGGGGAGAGAGGGUGAAAGCAAGAGACCAGAGGAUUUAGUUCUGAGAGGGACAGCAGAAGGGGAUCAUGGCUGGAGUCUCGGCGGUGUUGAAGAGCUGGGUCGUCCUGCAGGCUCUGUGCCUGGCUCUGGCCCAAGUGAGCGGUCCUCAAGGACCUCAGGGUCUCCCCGGCCCACCGGGCCCAUCUGGUACACCUGGGUCCGAUGGCAUGGAUGGACUGAAAGGACAACCUGGCACUCCUGGUCCCCCGGGUGAGAAGGGGGAUUCGGGUCAGUCGGGUCCAGAUGGACCUCCGGGAGAGAACGGCAUUGAUGGUCUGAUGGGAGCAAAGGGAGAUCGUGGUCCUAUUGGAAACCCGGGACCCAAGGGCCAGCCUGGACCUAGUGGUGAACCUGGUCCCACUGGACCUGGACUGCCUGGACUGGCGGGUAUCCCUGGCCCAAUCGGUCCUCCUGGUGAGAUUGGACAGACUGGACCGAAGGGCGUGUUUGGAAUACCUGGACCUCCAGGACUUCCGGGACCCCCAGGGAAACCAGGUCCUCCAGGGAAGUUCCUAGGAGGAGAGGAAGGCAGUGCAGACUUCCAGUGCCCAAUUAACUGCCCAGCAGGGCCCAAGGGCCCCCAGGGCCUGCAGGGGGUCAAGGGACACAAAGGUCGUGCCGGUGUGCUGGGAGAGCCUGGUAGCAUUGGAAAACUGGGUACAAAGGGAGAGGUCGGGAUCUCUGGAGAGCUGGGAAUCCCAGGACCCCCUGGUCCUAUGGGAUUGAGGGGGUACCCAGGAAUGGUGGGCCCUAAAGGAGAAGGGGGCCCUCGUGGUUACAAGGGCAUCAACGGACCAGUUGGCCAACCUGGGCCCCCAGGUGAGGAGGGACCCCAGGGUCCGCCUGGAGCAGCUGGGGACAAAGGGGAUUUGGGUAGCAGAGGUAUUCCAGGCCCACAGGGAACCGUCGGCAAGAAGGGGGAGAAUGGUCUGCCAGGCAUUGAUGGAAAGGAUGGUACUCCUGGCAUUCCUGGAAUUAAGGGUGCCCCAGGGCAGGCUGGUAGACCCGGGGGUCCUGGCCAUCAAGGAACAGCGGGUUUGCCCGGCAGCCCCGGAACCAAGGGUGGGCCAGGAGACAAGGGUGAGCCUGGUCCCAGAGGUCAUGUUGGAUUGUCUGGUGCCCCAGGACCUCAGGGUGAACCUGGUCUACCUGGUGAAGCUGGUAUGGUGGGCGUUCCUGGACCCAAGGGUGACAGGGGCCAGAGGGGUCCCGUUGGGCAGCAGGGCGUUGUCGGAAAGCCUGGGACCAAGGGUAUGAGAGGACCUACGGGAGUGCCGGGAGCUCAGGGCAUCUCAGGAACCAAGGGAGACAAGGGUUUCCAAGGAAAAGUUGGAGCGAAGGGAGACUUUGGUGAUCCCGGCGUAGAAGGCUUGGCUGGGGAGAAAGGAGAAAAGGGUUUGAGUGGUGAACCUGGACCCAAAGGACAGCAAGGAGUGAGGGGAGAGCCAGGGUUCAACGGCGUCACGGGGGACCAAGGUAAACCAGGAGACCAGGGACCCCCGGGACUACCUGGGCCUCGAGGAAUCAACGGGGAGAGAGGAGUACCAGGCAUGCCAGGCAUUGUGGGGGCUGCGGGACGAGAUGCAUCUGACCAGCACAUCAUUGAGGUGGUUCUUAAGAUGCUGCAAGAGCGUCUGGCAGCUGUAGCGGUGAGUGCCAAGCGUGCUGUCCUGGGCGGAGCUGGUGUAAUGGGUCCCCCCGGCCCUCCUGGACCCCCAGGAUCACCCGGUGCUCAGGGUCCACACGGGCUCAUUGGAGCACGCGGCAUCCCCGGCAUGAUCGGAGCCUCUGGGCAGAUUGGCAACACCGGACUAAAAGGAAAGAGAGGACCGAAAGGAGAUAGAGGAGAUCCUGGUAAACCCCAUCCUGGGCAGCCUGGACCCCCAGGAAUUCCAGGGCCCCCUGGUAUUGAUGGCGUGGCCCGAAAUGGCAAACCUGGUGAGCGAGGCCCCCAGGGUUCGGCAGGAGAGGCUGGUCGUCCUGGUAAGGCGGGCCCCACCGGUCUUCCAGGGUACUGUGAGGCCGCAGCGUGCCUGGCCGCCUCCGCUUACACCUCCCCCAGACUACAGGACUCCGCCAGGGUCAAGGGCCCGGGAGUCUAACCGGACACGUCUCCGUUCCGAGGCCCGACGACACCAGGGAUCAAGAGACAGGAGAGAGAGGGUGGAAUAGAGAGAGAGACCGCUCUCUUUCGAUUUGGAUACCAACGAGAGCAAGGGGGGGUGGGGGGGAUAAUACCGUGACCGACUGCCCCCCCCCGACCUCUUAACUGACGACCUUACGUUCCACUGUCUGGAGACUUUGUUUGCAAUAUAUACCACGCUCAUCCACCUUAAGUCGCCAUGACGACAGCCAUUCAUAGUGAAUUACAUCCCUCAGAAUGUACAGUCUCUGGUCUGGGAUUGGCAGAUGUCAAUGUCAGUCACAUCACCCUGCCCCCCCCCACCCCCCCCCCCCACAGAAGGAGAGAGAAUGAGACGUACAGUUGAGACUUCAGAAUCACAUCCGGUGACAUCGUUGAUGACAUCAGCAGAAACAGGCGUAGGCCCUGGACUAGGAGGAGCAGAUAAACUUUGAGUCCGAUGAUUGGUGCUUUUUCUUUUAUAUCAUGGUCAAUUGAAAUGGUAUUGUUCUAUAUUGGAAAUAUUAAUAUUGAAAACAUUUUUAAGCAGGAAAUGCAAGCAUAUACCGACCCCCCCACCCUAAAUAAAAAAACAAUUACAAGUGUACGCAAAAAAACUAAUAAAAGACUACAUGGAAAUCCACUCUCCAUACUGUACCUGUUUUGCUAACCCCUCACCAGUACGCUUUAGUGAAAUAGUGAACCCCCCAUUUUUUUCCUCAUGUACAUUGCAACCCCCCCACACUUUCGCCUCAUUUUAAUUUCAUUUGUAAUCUCUGCCUCUAGUUGCCUGGCAACAGCAUAUGCCAAUGGGCACUCCCAUUUAUGUCCCAUAAUUCAGUGCUGUAAAUCUUUGUAAAUGUUUGUUGAUUUUAUGUAGAGAAUAAAAGAGGGUGGGUUAGAAUAUGAACUGACCAAAACAGCUCCUGUGUUAAUUAACUAAAUCAGAAAUAAAGUUUGAAAUUACAAAUGACUGCCUUUUAAAAGUUACAGUAAUCUUUCUAUGCCACUGUCAUCUAUCAACUUCCACAGUCAAUCUAUGUCAGCAUUCUAACAACAAGGACUGAUUAUUUUAAUUAACACAAACUAUUAUUCUAUUUAUUGUUCUUUAUAAGAGUCAUUCUUUUUAAGAUUCACCUGUAAAGACUUAACAUUUGAUUUAUUUUCUUUCCUGGUUGUUCAGGUCAACCAACUCCAAACCAAUAAAGAGGAACGUUUUGUAAAAGCUGAA